AUGAGCGAGGAAAAGAAGAAAGAAAAGGAGGAUGAUCCUCGGUUGGAAAUUGUGCGUUCAUUCGUGCUCAAAUCGCAUCGUUUGAAACUCGAACGAUGGCAAAAGUUAGUCGGCAAUGACGAAUAUCGGAACAUCAUCUACAAUUGGCUCAACACACCAUCCAUUAAGCAACUUGUCAUAUCGAAUAACGUCGGAAAUUUGGCUGCCUCGUACAAUGCGCCGGCAAUUCACAAACAAAAGAUUAGCUAUUUCGCGAAAAAGGGAGAAAUUGAGUUGACACUCGAAAAUAUACGAACCAGUCUUUUGAUUGGAGAAAUGUCUCCAAAGCCCAUUGAUGAUUUGGCGAUAAUGAUUGACAAUUUGUACUAUCCGUUACUUACAAACCCGUUGAAUCAAAAAGGAUGGACCGAGACAAUGUCGAAAGAUAUGGAAAGUCAUUUACAGGAGUUACGAAACACGAUUGCUGAGGUGCGUGGUAACAUAAUUAAUCAAACUUUACUACCGAUGCCAAUCAUUAUUGACAAGGUCAUGCAAAUACAGACAGAAAUUGCACUUGGGCACACUGACACAAUCGACAUGAAAAUGAAAAACUCUCUCGAAGGAAUUGUCAUAAAAUGGGCAACGCAAAUCGACGCUGUCUUAAAGGAGGAUUCCUCAUCAUUAUUCGACAACAACAAGCAACCCGUUCCUUUUGACGAAAUAAACUUUUGGCAAAGUCGUUUAAAAAACUUGGAAAAUAUCUACGAGCAACUUACGGAUCCACGUGUUAAAGCUGUCGGCGUUGUUUUGCAAUCCAUUAAUUCCGUGUACUUUACAUCCUUCAGUCAAACCUUCAAAAAUGUUGUAGCAACGUUGCACGAAGCACGCGAUAUUACAUUGUACUUGAAACCGAUGGAAAAGUACUUUGACGAUUUUGAGACACUCGAAUUUUUGGAUUUGUAUCCGACAAUUUUACCGAUGCUGCAUUGUGUGUGUCUCGUAUGGGCUAAUUCUCGUUAUUAUUGCAAGAACUCCCGAAUGGUUGUAAUGUUCAAAGUUAUUCAUAAUAUGUUGAUUUCCGCUGCUUCAAGAGCUUUGGAUCCUGAUUCCUUGUUUCAAGGCGAACCAUAUGAAAUUUUGGCGAAAGUUGAGAAAGUUAUUGAAAUGUUGGAGCAUUAUCGCGAGCAAUAUCACGAACACAAAGCAAAACUCAAGGAAUAUGAAAUCCCGGAAUCAACCCCGAUUUAUUGGAGUUUUCGUCCGAAAGAUAUUUUUGAACGUUUCGAUGCUUUUGUGACACGUUUGUCGCAUGUUCGAGGCAUCCUGAUGACAGCAGAUGAUUUUAUGAAGUUGGAACGUGUUGAAAUCGGAGGAUUGAAAGGACGAACAAUCAGUCGAAAGAUUCAAGAAAUCUAUCAUGAGUUCGCCGAUAAGAUCUACAAAGGAUGGCGUGAACUUAAAUUCGAUCCUCUUAACGUUGAUCCCCGUCAAAAGCAUUUCGAACGCGAAUUACGAGUUUACACGGAGAAAACUGACGUUCUUGAACUCAAAUUAGCAGUUCAAUUUCGUCAAGCAUUCGAAGAUUGCUCAAACUUGGAUCAACUAAUCAAAUUAGUUCAUGUUCUCGGAAGUUUGUUAAGUCGUCCUUUGAUCUCCAAACAAGUUAGUGAACAACUUCUCGGAUUAAUUUUCCUCUUCAACAACGAUUUGGAUAUGGUUAAGGAUUGUUUCGACAAAGGCAUGCAAAAAUAUCAAACAGAAGGCUUAAGUGCUGUGCCUGUUGACGACGCAUAUCCUCCUGUUGCCGGAACUCUUAUGUGGUUAUAUAAACUUCGCGCGAGAAUCACUCGUCCUGUAACUGAUAUCGCCAUGUUGGAAUUCCCCAUCUUCGAUAACGAUCAAGGACGUUACAUUUUGUCACGAAAAGAUGAGAUGCUCGAACUUUUACAAUCGUUCGAAACGAAGAUCUUCCAUGAAUGGCGUCAAACUGUACCGAAAACAAUUGCUGAUGGCAUGAACGAACAUCUCAUAGUUCGCGACGAAAAGAAUCUUGUACAUCUGAACUUUGUUCAAGCUUUGUCGGAUGUUCUGACAGAAGUUAAAUACUUGAAAAGCAUCGAAAAAGAAGACAUCCCAACGGAAGCUCUUGACUUAUUUGAACUUAACAACGAAUUAUGGCAUACGAAACUCAGCAUCUCUCGUGUCGUUGAAUGGUACAAUGAAGUUCGAACUAACACGAAUGAAGUUGAAUUCGCAAUCAUUGAAGCUGAAGUUGCUGAACUUGAUGAAUUCAUGGAAAAAUCAAUUUCGGUUGAUACUUGGAAGGAAUAUUCAAAAAGUUAUGUCGAUGAACUCUAUUCAAAAGUUAAAGAUUUGAACAUGAGAGUAAAGAAAUCACACAAAAACAUCAAAGAUCUUCAAGAAAACAUUCGGAAAUACGGAAGACUUCCUUUGUACGAAAGAAGAGACUUGAAAUCACUCAUUGUUUUAGAUGAUCGUGAACAACGUUUGGCACGAAGAUCCAACAAUUGCAAAGAAACACGAGAACUAAUCACUAAAGUGAUGGAUGAAAACUUCCGUCUUUUGUUCAACCAUCCUUUGAUCGUUGAAGAAACCAUUGAAGAACCUGUUCUUGAAGUAAAAUCAUCAAAAAUGUCAAAAAUGAGCAUUGAAUCAAAGAAAUCAUUGGUUGACAAAAACUUUUCAAAAGAAUCUCAAACAGGAUCAUCCUUAACUGAAAUCAAAAAAUCCAAAAGUGAAGAAAUCUUGAAAAAAACUGAAAAAGAAGUUGAACUGUACUUACCUUAUGAAGAGUACAUGGAUAAACUCGUUGGCGACGAAGUGAUGGAUGCGAUUCGAACAAGUGUGAAAUACAUCAAAUUCGAGAUGGAAAAUCGGCAUGAACGAAAUGUACCAAUUUUUGAGGUUAAAAUGGAUUUACAACUUGACAGAGUUGUUUAUCUUCCCGCUUUGGAUUUGAACUACAAGAAAUUCAGUCUAAUCGCUCUUGUUGAAGAUCUUCUCAUGGAUAUUUAUGAGAUGUCUGAUGAGAUAUACCGAAUAGUUCAAACUGAAGAUGAACCUGAAACCUAUGAAAGUCGUCUCCGACAAGAGAAGGAAAUUGAUGCCAUGAAACUUGACAUCAUCACGAAUACGAGACAAACUUCACGUGAAGCUUUGGAGUAUUUCAAACUUUAUGACAAGUACAGUUACAUCUGGUUAGAUGACAAAAAAGUGUUUCUCGAACGUUUUUUGCGUUUUGGUAGAGCUUUAACCCCUGAUGAAAUUGAAACUCUUGACACGAGUGAAUCAACUCUCAAAGAAGAGAAAGAAAUCACUUUGGCAAUGUACAAAAAGCAGAUCGACUAUUAUUACAAAUUGUACGAUGAAAUAUCCGAAAUUGAACAAUCUCAUGUUUUUCGAACAUGGCUCAAUGUCGAUAUGAAAGGAUUCAAAUGGGGAUUGUUGAAUGAAGUGAAUCAUUGGAACAACAUGUUCAAGCAACAUUUGGGCAAUCAAGUGAGAGAUAAACUUCAAGAACUUCAAGAUUUUGUAACUGCAACCAAUGAUGUCUUUGAUUUGACACCAAAACUCGAAAGAGAUGAUUUCGGAAGUUUAUUGAAGAUUCUUGAAGCUCUAACACAGAUCAAAAAUCAGGAAAUCGCAACUGACAACAUGUUUGAACCAUUGAAGGAAAUCGUGAAUUUACUUGCAGAGUACAAUGUUGAGUUUGAGGAUACAGUUCACAAUCAAUUCGCUGAACUGCCUGAACUAUGGAUGCGAUUGAAGAAGACAGCACUUCAAACGAGACAAGAUAUUGCUCCGAUUCAAGAAUAUCAAGUUGGAUUGAUUCACAAACGGAUUCAACUGUUCAACUUCAGGAUGACCAUCUAUCGUGAUAUGUUCAAAAAGUUGAAGAUUUUCCAUGUUCCAUGUACAAACGCUUAUGAAAUCUUCGAUAAAACUCGUGCUGAACUCGAUGACAAACAAUCGCAAUAUUCGGAGCUUGUGACUUCAGCAAAUCUCUUUGAACUCGCAAAACCAGAAGAAAAAUUGCUGAAUUUGUGUGACAGAGAGUUGAAACUUUCGAAGCAAAUUUGGGAUUUUGUUUAUACGGUAGAGUCGUGCGUUGAAGAUUGGAAGACGACGCCAUGGAAAAAGGUUAAUGUUGAAGAUUUGGAGCAAGAAUGUAAGAAAUUUGCAAAGGAGUUGAGGCAAUUAGACAAAGAUAUUCGAGUUUGGGAGCCAUAUGUGUAUGUCACGGAUCUCAUUACGAAUCUGAUGGCAUCGUUGAAGGCAAUUACGUCAUUACAAAAUCCAGCUAUUCGGGAUAGGCAUUGGACUGAGUUGAUGAGAACGACACAGCUGCAUAAAGUUUAUGGAUUAGAUGCGCUGGUUCGUUUCAACAUGGAUACAAAAACAACAUUAGCUGACUUGUUAAACCUCAAUUUGCACAAAUACGAAGAAGAAGUCAAAAACAUCGUCGAUAAAUCCGUCAAAGAAGAAGCCAUGGAGAAAGCAAUCAAAACUCUCGCAUCAACUUGGAAAUCUGUCGACUUCGAUUGCGACAUCCACGAAAGAACUCAACUCAAAAUGCUCAAAGUUUCGGAAGAAAUAAUCGAAACACUCGAAGAAAAUUUAUCUCAACUCCAAAUGUUGCUUGCUUCUAAAUUCAUUGCCUUCUUUUUCACCGAAAUCCAAGAUUGGCAAGACAAACUAUCAAACACGGAUCAAGUUCUCGACUCAUUUUUCGAAGUUCAACGAAAAUGGAUGUACUUGGAGAGCAUUUUCAUCGGUUCAGAAGACAUUCGAAAUCAACUGCCCGAAGAUUCGAAACGUUUCGAUCGAAUUGAUCAAGAGUUCAAAGCAAUUCUCGCACAAAUGGUUGCCGAUUUGAAUGUCGUUAAAGCAACAAAUCGCCCAAAUUUAUUCGAAAAACUCGAAUUACUUCAACAAGAAUUAAUUCAAUGCGAAAAAGCGUUGAACGAUUAUUUGGAAACUAAGAGAUUAGCAUAUCCGAGAUUUUAUUUCAUCUCUUCGGCGGAUCUGCUUGACAUUUUGGCAAACGGAAAUCAUCCGGAAUUGGUUGCGAGACACUUGACAAAAUUAUAUGACUCUCUCGCAAAGUUAGUUUUUGAGGAAAAAGGAAGUAAAAUAGCAAAAGGAAUGAUUUCGAAGGAAAACGAAGAAUAUGUCGAAUUCAAUGGAAAAUGCGAUUGCAGCGGAAAAGUCGAAAAUUGGUUGAAUCGUGUCACAGACAUUAUGCGAGUGACUCUCCAUCGAUUAUUUGACUUGGCUGUCAAAGCUUACGUCGAAAAAGAACGCGAUCAAUGGUUAUUUGACUGGCCAGCUCAACCCGCUUUGUGUGCGACACAAAUUUGGUGGACAAUUGAGGUAAAUCACGCUUUUGACAAGAUGGAAGAAGGAUACGACAAAGCAAUGAAAGAAUAUCUCGACAAGCAUAUUCGUCAAUUGAAAGCUUUGAUCAUGUUACUCGUUGGCGAAUUGACUCCGGGAGACAGACAGAAGAUUAUGACAAUUUGUACGAUCGAUGUUCAUGCUCGAGAUGUCGUUGCGAAGAUGAUUGAACAAAAAGUCGAGACUUCAAGUGCUUUUCAAUGGCAAUCUCAGUUAAGACAUCGAUGGGAUGAGGGAUUGUCGGAUUGUUAUGCGAACAUUUGCGAUGCGCAAUUCCGUUAUGACUAUGAAUAUCUCGGAAAUACGCCGAGAUUGGUAAUUACGCCGUUAACUGAUCGAUGUUACAUUACGUUGACGCAAUCUUUGCAUCUUAUUAUGGGAGGAGCUCCUGCAGGCCCCGCCGGAACAGGAAAAACUGAAACAACGAAAGAUUUGGGACGAGCAUUGGGCAUUAUGGUCUACGUUUUCAACUGUUCUGAACAAAUGGAUUACAAAUCUUGCGGAAAUAUCUACAAAGGAUUGUCUCAAACAGGCGCUUGGGGAUGUUUCGACGAAUUUAACAGGAUUUCCGUUGAAGUUUUGUCUGUCGUUGCUGUUCAAGUGAAAAGUAUACAAGAUGCCAUCAAGGGAGAAGAAAAAUUUACGAUCAUUGAUCAAGUAAAGGCUAAAAAGAAAAAUUUCAACUUUAUGGGAGAACAAAUCGAUUUGAUACCGACAGUUGGUAUUUUUAUCACAAUGAACCCCGGAUACGCAGGAAGAACAGAGUUACCUGAGAAUUUGAAAGCUCUUUUUCGUCCAUGUGCUAUGGUUGUUCCUGAUUUCGAGCUCAUUUGUGAAAUUAUGUUGGUUGCUGAAGGAUUUCAAGAAGCUCGGAUGCUUGCAAGGAAAUUUAUUACGUUGUACACUUUAUGCAAGGAGUUAUUGUCGAAGCAAGAUCAUUACGAUUGGGGAUUGAGAGCUAUUAAAUCUGUGUUAGUUGUUGCUGGAUCGUUGAAACGUGCUGACAAACCUGACACUCCCGAAGAACAUGUUCUGAUGAGAGCUUUGCGUGAUUUUAAUUUACCUAAAAUCGUUACUGAAGAUGUUCCUGUUUUUCGAGGUUUAAUUGGAGAUUUGUUCCCGAACAUUGAAGCUCGAAGACAACCUGAUAUGGAAUUUGAACGUUUGAUCGCCAAAUCUGCUUUGGAGCUCGGAUAUCAACAAGAAAAAGGAUUUAUUUUGAAAGUUGUUCAACUUCAGGAACUAUUUGAAGUUCGACAUUCAGUUUUUAUCAUCGGAAAUGCAGGAACAGGAAAAAGCGCCGUUUGGCAAACGCUUCACAAAACAUAUCACAAUCAAAAAGGAACUCUCAAACCUCAUUAUGACGACUUAGAUCCGAAAGCUGUGACAAACGACGAGUUAUUCGGGAUUAUUAAUCCAGCGACGCGCGAAUGGAAAGACGGCUUAUUCUCCGUUGUGAUGAGAAAUCAAGCUAAUAUGACGGGAAAAGGAUGGAAAUGGAUUGUUUUGGAUGGCGACAUUGACCCAAUGUGGAUUGAAAGUUUAAACACUGUGAUGGAUGACAACAAAGUUCUUACUCUCGCAAGCAACGAAAGAAUCGCUUUAACACGUGACAUGCGAUUACUUUUUGAGAUUUCAAACUUACGAACAGCAACUCCCGCCACAGUUUCACGCGCGGGAAUUUUAUUUAUCAAUCCGCAAGAUUUAGGAUGGAAUCCUUAUGUCGCUUCUUGGAUUGAAAAACGCGAAAGCAAAGUAGAAAAGGGAAUUUUGCCUGUUUUGUUUGAGAAAUACGUGAUUCCGUUGUUAGAACACAACGUUCGUUUCAAAAAAAUCACUCCAAUAUCGGAAAUAGCUCAACUACAGAUGACUUGCUUCUUGCUUGAAUGUCUCUUGACGCCAGAUAACGUUCCAAAUGGAUGUCCCAAAGAGUGGUAUGAAAUUUAUUUCUGCUUUGCACUCAUUUGGGGUUUCGGAUCUGCACUUUUUCACGAUCAAAUGAUCGAUUGGCGUAAUGAAUUUCAUAAAUUUUGGAUGAACGAGUUCAAAAGUGUCAAAUUUCCGGCUCAAGGAACAAUUUUCAACUAUUACGUCGAUCGAGAGACGAAAAAUUUUCUGCCAUGGAACAAUUUGGUGCCCGGAUAUGAGCUCGAUAUUGAUAUUCCGUUGCAACAAACGCUCGUACCAACUGCUGAAACAACUCGUUUGCGAUGGUUCAUGGAUCAACUGAUCGAGAGACAACAUCCCGUUAUGUUAAUUGGAUCUGCGGGUUCGGGAAAAAGUGUUAUUGUACAAGAUAAAUUGAAUUCGCUGUCAGAUCGUUAUGCUGUAACGAAUGUUCCUUUCAAUUUCUAUACAACUUCGGAAAUGUUACAAAAAAUCCUCGAAAAACCUUUGGAAAAGCAAGGAAGACAAUUUGGACCUCCGAAGAAUAAAUUCAUGAUUUACUUCGUUGAUGACAUGAACAUGCCUGAAGUUGAUGCUUAUGGGACAGUAGCGCCUCAUACACUCAUUCGACAGUUUAUGAACUACAAACAUUGGUACGAUCGCACGAAAUUGACGUUAAAAGACAUCAAAGACUGUCAAUUUGUGUCUUGCAUGAAUCCAACAGCGGGAUCUUUCACCAUUGAUCCGCGAUUGCAACGACAUUUUUGCGCUUUUGCUGUUAAUUUUCCCUCUGGCGAGCCUUUAUAUCACAUUUACAACUCAAUUUUAUCGCAACAUCUCGCUUCAACGCCAAUUCCUCCCUUAAAGCCCUUUUCCAAUGCAACGCAGAAGAUUUGUCAGCAACUUGUGCAAACGGCUAUUACUUUACAUAAUCGCGUUGCUCAAGCUUUUCUUCCGACAGCGACGAAAUUUCAUUAUAUCUUCAAUUUGCGUGAUUUAUCGAAUAUUUUUCAAGGCAUGUUGUGCACAGGAGGCGAUGCUGCUCCCGAUUCUACGGGAUUAAUACGACUUUGGAUGCAUGAAGCAACGCGAGUUUAUGCGGAUAAACUUACGACGACGGAAGAUAUUGAGACGUAUCAUAAAAUUAUGAUUGAAACUGUGAAGAAAGGAUUUGAAGAACUUGAUGAGAACAAAGUUUUUAUGCGUCCUUUGCGUUUUUGGCAUUAUGCUGAUGGACUUGCCGAUUCGAAAUAUAUGCCCGUAAGAGACGAAGAACUUUUGAAACGUCUCAUGAACGAAGCCCAACAAAACUACAACGACGAAGUUGGAGACAUGAAUUUAGUACUUUUUGAAGAUGCAAUUGGGCACAUUUGUCGCAUCAAUCGCAUUUUAGAAGCGCCCCGAGGAAACGCCUUGUUAAUCGGAGUCGGAGGUUCGGGAAAACAAUCACUUUCACGUCUUGCAGCUUACAUCUCAAAUUUAGACGUGUUCCAAAUUCAGUUGAGAAAAGGUUACGGAAUUGGCGAUUUGAAAACUGACAUUGCUGCAAUUUAUCUCAAAACGGGAUUACGAAAUAUGGGAUUCAUGUUUCUCAUGACAGACGCUCAAGUUGCUGAAGAACAUUUUCUCGUGCUAAUUAACGAUAUGUUAGCAAGCGGAGAGAUUUCAGAACUGUUUCCGGAUGACGAAGUAGAGAACAUUGUGAAUGGUUUGCGGAAUGAAGUGAAGCAAUUUGGGAUAAUGGAUACCAAAGAGAAUUGUUGGAAGUUUUUUAUCGAUCGUGUGAGACGAAAUUUGAAGAUUGUUUUGUGUUUUUCGCCUGUUGGAUCAACUUUGCGUAUCAGAAGUCGUAAAUUUCCGGCAAUUGUGAAUUGUACAGCUAUCGAUUGGUUUCAUGAAUGGCCCAAAAAUGCUUUGGAAUCUGUUUCGCAAAGUUUUUUGCAACAAUUGGAGAUACUUCCGAUCGAAUUAGUGAAGCCAAUUGCGGUUUACAUGUCAUAUGUGCAUAACACAGUUAACGAAAUGUCCCAAAUUUAUUAUCAAAACGAACGACGAUACAAUUAUACGACUCCUAAAUCCUUCUUGGAGCUUAUUGCGCUGUACACAAAACUUCUCACAGAGAAAAACAAAGUUUUGAAAGACAGAAUUGUCCGUUUAGAGAAUGGAGUUCACAAAUUACACGAAUGUGCGAUUCAAGUUGACUCGUUACAAGAACAACUCGCCGAACAAGAAGUUGUUUUACGUGAAAAAAACGCCGCAGCAGAUGAAUUAAUCGUAAAAGUGAAACUCGAGAACGACAUUGUUCAAGCAGAGAAAAAUGCCGCCGCUGAAGAAGAGAAAAAAGUGAAAAUCAUCGAAGAAGAAGUAACGGCAAAAGCAAAAGGAUGCGAAGAAGACUUGAAAAAAGCUGAACCCGCAUUGAGAGCUGCCGAAGCUGCUUUGGAUGUCGUCAAAAAGAAAGAUAUUGACGAAAUGAAGAAAAUCGCAGCUCCUGUUCCCGUCGUUCAACUCAUCAUCGAUGCGGUUCAUGUGUAUCUCGACAAAGCUCCCGUACCAAAAGAUCGCAGUUGGAAGUCAUGUCAACUCAUGAUGGGUCAAGAUCAGUUCCUGAAUAACUUGAAAAAUUUCGAAAAGAAGAAAAUUCAUCCCCAAACAGCGAAAGAAGUGAAAAAUUUGUUGAUGAAUCCGAUGUUUAAUGAAGAAACAGCGUCGAAAGCGUCUCAAGCGUUGCGUGGAUUGUGUGAAUGGGUUCAAAAUAUCGACAAAUUUUACGAUGUUUAUUUGGAUGUUGAACCUAAAGAACGUGCUUUGGAAAGUGCAAGAGCGGAAUUACAAUCUGCACAAGAAAAGCUUUCCGUUUUACAGGAUAAGAUAAAGGCCCUCGAAGACAAAUUAGCAGUAAUUAAAGCUGAAUUUGACGCCGCAAAAGAAGAAAAAGAUCGUUGUCAAGCUGAUGCGGAUCGAACUGCUUUCACAAUUGACCUUGCAAAUCGUUUGGUUAACGGUCUUUCAUCUGAAGGCGUUCGUUGGCGUGAUUCCAUCGAUCAACUCAACAAACAAGAAGUCACUCAAUUUGGCGAUGUUUUACUCCUAUGUUGUUUCUUGUCAUAUGUCGGAUGUUUCACGCGUCGAUAUCGCAUCGAAUUGCAAGAAAAAAUGUGGAUACCAACAUUUAAGAAGACAAAACCCGCAAUUCCGUACAACGAUCAAAUCGACACACUUUCGUUGAUUGUCGAUGAAGCUCUUAUCGCUUCGUGGAACAACGAGGGUUUACCAACGGAUCGAAUGUCAGCAGAAAAUGCCGCUAUUUUGAUAAAUUCUUCGCGAUGGCCUUUGAUGAUCGAUCCGCAGCUACAGGGAAUCAAAUGGAUUAAACAGAGAUACGGAAGUUCUUUGGUAGCAUUGAGACCUACGGGAAAAUAUUUGGAUGAAAUUGAAAAAGCAGUUACAAAUGGCGAUGUUUUGUUGCUUGAGAACAUCGAUGAGACAUUAGAUGCUGUUCUUGAUCCCCUUUUGGGACGACAAUUGAUCAAAAAAGGCACAGUUCUCAAGAUUGGCGAUCGCGAAGUUGAUUUCAAUCCAAAUUUUCGUCUCAUUUUACAAACAAAACUCGCAAAUCCUCAUUACAAACCUGAAAUGCAAGCACAAACGACGUUAAUUAACUUCACCGUAACUCGUGAUGGCUUGGAAGAACAACUUUUAGGCGAAGUUGUCAAAGUAGAACGACCUGAUUUGGAACAGCAACGUUCCCAUUUGACACAACAACAAAACGAAUUCAAGAUUAUCUUGAAAGAACUCGAAGAUGAUUUGCUCAGUCGACUUUCGGCAGCAGGAGAAAACGUUUUAGAAGAUGUCGAAUUGGUUGAAAGUUUGGAAAAGACGAAACACACAGCAGCAAGUAUCACCCAACAAGUCGAAGAUUCAAAGAAAACUGCUAUUGAGAUAGAUACAGCACGUGAAAGUUACCGCUCAACCGCAGAAAGAGCUUCAAUUUUGUACUUCAUCUUGAACGAAUUGUACAAAAUCAACCCAAUUUAUCAAUUUUCGCUGAAAUCCUUCACUGUAGUGUUCAAAAAUGCCAUUUUAAAUACUCCUGCGACGGAAACUCUAACCGAGAGAGUUGUGAAUUUGAUUGAUUCGAUCACUUUUGCCGUCUUCAUGUACACAAGUCGUGCGUUAUUUGAAAAGGAUAAACUUAUUUUUAUGGCUCAGAUGGCAAUUCAGAUACUUUUACAAGCGAAAGAGAUACAACAAAGUGAAUUAGAUUUCCUUUUACGUUUCCCAUAUAUCCCGAACUUGACAUCGCCCUUGGAUUUUUUGACAAAUAAUGGAUGGGGAGGCAUCAAAGCUCUCUCGCAAAUGGACGAAUUCCGUAAUUUAGACAAAGAUAUCGAAGGUUCAGUCAAACGUUGGAAGAAAUUUGUCGAAGCUGAAUGUCCUGAACGUGAAAAACUCCCCGGAGAAUGGAAAAACAAAAGUGCAUUGCAACGUUUAUGUAUAAUGCGAUGUUUAAGACCUGAUCGCAUGACAUAUGCUGUUAGAACGUUCAUUGAAGAGAAAUUAGGUACGAAAUACGUUGAAGCACGAACAGUUGAUUUUGCAAAAUCUUUCGAGGAAUCCAGUAGUUCAACUCCCAUUUUCUUCGUUUUGUCUCCCGGAGUUGAUCCUUUGAAGGAUGUCGAAGCAAUGGGCAAAAAAUUAGGCUUCACGACAGAUCGGAGGAACUUUCACAACGUUUCGCUCGGGCAAGGACAGGAAAUUGUCGCUGAAGAUGCGAUUGAUGUUGCUUCCGUCGAAGGUGCUUGGGUUAUUUUACAAAAUGUACAUCUCGUUGCGAAAUGGCUUCCAACGUUGGAAAAGAAAAUGGAAGCUGCUGUCGAAAAUGCCCAUCCUGAUUAUCGAUUAUUUAUCAGUGCAGAACCUGCGGCAUCAGCAGAGUAUCAUAUCAUCCCGCAAGGAAUUCUCGAAUCAGCGAUUAAGAUAACGAACGAACCGCCGUCGGGGAUGUUGGCGAAUGUGCAUAAAGCAUUGGAUAACUUCAACCAAGAUACGUUAGAGAUGUGUUCGAAAGAAACGGAGUUCAAAGCAAUUCUUUUUGCUUUGUGCUAUUUCCAUGCAGUUGUCGCCGAAAGACGUAAAUUUGGUCCCCAAGGAUGGAAUCGCGUUUAUCCCUUCAAUGUUGGCGAUUUGACGAUCAGUGUGAAUGUUUUGUACAAUUAUUUAGAAGCAAAUAACAAAAUUCCGUGGGAAGACUUGAGAUAUCUAUUCGGCGAAAUUAUGUACGGAGGACAUAUCACAGAUGAUUGGGAUCGUCGUCUUUGUCGCACGUAUUUAGAAGAAUUCAUGCAACCAGAUCUCGUUGAUGGCGAAUUGUUUCUUUGUCCUCAUUUCGUUGCUCCGCCAAAUAUUGACUAUAACGGGUAUCAUGCGUAUAUUGACGAAAAUCUUCCUGCUGAAUCGCCUACUUUGUACUAUUUGCAUCCAAAUGCUGAAAUCGGAUUUCUUACAACACUUUCGGAGCAACUUUUCAAAACGAUUUUCGAAUUGCAACCACGUGAUGCGGGAUCAGGCGGAGGUCAAACAACAUCCCGAGAAGACAUUGUGAAAGGUCUUAUUGAAGAUUUCAUGGAUAAAGUACCCGAAGAAUUUAAUAUUGCUGAUUUGAAUGCUCGUGUCGAAGAUAAAUCGCCUUUUAUAAUUGUCGCGAUUCAAGAAGCGGAUCGCAUGAAUAUUCUCAUGAGAGAAGUACGGCGCUCGUUGCGUGAAUUAAAUUUGGGAUUGAAAGGCGAAUUGACAAUUACGCCCGAUAUGGAGGUUCUUGAAGAGAAAUUGUUUUACGAUCAUGUACCGGAGUCAUGGACAAAACGUGCAUACCCGAGUAUGUUGGGUUUGCAAUCUUGGUUUGCGGAUGUUCAACUUCGUUUGAGAGAACUUGAGCAAUGGACAAGCGAUUUUCAAUUACCGCCGAGUGUUUGGUUGGCGGGUUUCUUCAAUCCACAGAGCUUUUUGACGGCAAUUAUGCAAGAAACGGCACGAAAACGAGGAUUUGCCUUGGAUAACAUGAGAUUAAGUUGUGAUGUUACGAGAAAAUGGAAAGAAGAUUUCACUGCCCCUCCAAGAGAAGGCGCUUACGUUAACGGGCUUUUUAUGGAAGGCGCACGAUGGGAUAUCGAUAACGGUACAAUAGCAAAUGCGAGAUUGAAGGAAUUGUAUCCCGAAAUGCCCGUAAUUUUCAUUAAAGCCAUCACACAAGACAAAGUAGAGACAAAAGGAAUAUACAAUUGUCCCGUUUAUCGAACAAAGAUGCGUGGACCUACAUUUGUAUGGACCUUUGACUUAAAAUCGAAAGAAAAACCAUCGAAAUGGACUCUUGGAGGAGUCUGUUUAUUAUUACAGGUUUAAAAAGACACCAC